ACACUUGGCCAUCUGCUCCAAAACGCAGAAGUUCUCCACCGUUGGCAUCCGACGCUUCAUACUCCGGCCAACCACUCCGUGGCAACGAAUUAGGAUCUACCACGAAGUCCAGCAACCGAAAAUAUAUUGACUCGAUAGUUUAUCGUCACUACGAUAUGGCUUUGAGAACGAUGAACCCAAUUCGCUGGAAGUUGAGUCGGAAUGUUGACACCGCCAGUCACGUCUCCGCCACCAGUCAUGAAAAGCAUCACCGGAAGUUUGGAAUCCGCUGUAGCGUUGGCAGGGGUCCAGAUCGCAAGUGAAAGGCAGUCUUCGGCUGAGUUCUGUGCCACUUGUCCUGCCAGUAGAGAUUUGCCGUAGUUGACGAUGAGAUUUCCAGUUAUGUUCAACGCCCAAACGGUAGAAAUCGCGGAUACGUAUUGUGAGCAUGCUGGGCCGAAGACUGUCGAAUCAUGGUAUUCGGAAGAGUUGGCAAGAGGUUGGGGAGAUGUCCAUCGUUUUGUCCCAACGGGUGGCUACCGUAUCGCUUCGUUAGUCCAUUCUUAGUGGUCGGGAUAGAAUAUAUUUGGCUGAGCUGGG